CCCUGCUAUGACAAUCGCAUUUCCUGCGCAUGAUAUGGAUGUGCCCAAAGGAUGGACCACGCUCGUGCAUCCAGAAGGAUUCCGCUAUUUUGUGCACAAAGAAAAUAGAACAUUCACAGACUUGGAUAUUUGUGAUCCAGUAAUAUGCGAUGACAUCGAAUACUACAUGCAGUAUUUGUUCGAUGAACUCCGACGGACCGUCGGGCUUGAGAAGCUCGAUAUGAAUCAGGUUGACCUUGUGCUUGAGCCAAAGGUCUUUGAUGGCGACUCUGUCGUUUGUUGCUAUUAUUUCGUCAAUCACCGUAACAGAUGUCUCUUUUGGUUGGAUGACUUCCAUGCUGAACAUAAUCCUCUCCGAGUGUUCGCAUGUAAGAAACAUUGGGAUUACUUUCCUAGCCUGUGCCCAGUCGCACAAGAUCUUGUCGAUGAGGUCAAGAAUACAUUGGCGCAUGCGGCAUGUGACCACUUAACAUCGAAGCAGUCUUCUGCGGCAUUUGAUACCAUCCAUGACCCUGCGGAUCAGAGCAUGCGACGAUGUCACGCUGCCAUUGUCAUUGGCCGGGUUAUGUAUUCGUUCAGUCACAAUCACUUUGUGAAUUAUCAUGGGGAGGACUGCGCGAGACUGAUCUUUGAGCAGACCGUUCAUGAUACGAAAUAUCAAACAUCACUAUGGAUGGCCAUUCUCACACCCCUCCUGUUCUUUUACCCUAUGGCUCAAAUCCACGAACUGCACAAGAUUUACGUUGACGAGAUUGUUUGCACGGGACGGUGGAAUGUAUUCAGUUCAAAAUUUAAAGGGCAGCUUCAGGACUCCAACCUCUUGGCCACUGUCUUGCUCAAUGCAAAUGUUGGGUUUCUCGCUAUCAACACUGUUGAUAAGGGCGGGAGAGAUGCCAUUCAGAUGGCAAGCUAUAUGUCCUUGGUGACGAGCUUGGGCAGUAUAGUUCUCGGCUUGUUCUUUGUCUCACACGGUCGAAUCUCCGCACAAAACACAGCCGAGGAAGUGGCAAACUUUUUAUCAAGCCUUCACGAUGAAAAGCACAGUUUGGAAAAGCUGGCUGUAAUUUUCAGCCUCCCCAAGGCGUUGCUGAUGUGGGGCAUGCUCUUCUUCUUUGCGGCGUUCUCGAUCGAUUGGUGGACUGCCGGAGAUAUAACUUCCAGGACUAUUGUUGGUACUGUGACACUGGUCGUAUUCGCGAUGGUUUCAAACAAUAUUACUGGUCCGUGGCGGUCAACCCUGCUGCACAGAGGCAUCGGCCUGACACUAUUGUCUCGUCUGGGUGACGUUUGGAAGCAGAUUAUGGAGUUCACAGGCAUCGAAAAAAAUCUCGUAGGACCCUUGCCAGAAGAUGCCGAGGUGGAUGCUCCGCAACCGCAUGACGUCGACCCCGUGCUGCCAUCAUCGGAUUCACAUACCAACCCAGGUUUUUUGUCAGGCGCUAGCUCUUUACAACAGAUUCGAGAAGACACCCCGACUGUUUUCCAGGACCAGUCUACCAUCGAGGCUCGCUGCGAGCGUGAUAUCUCUGCGACGGCUGCCACAGCGACCAUCCUGUCCGAGCAUGAGUUACAAACCGCAGCGGUAGCCGUCGAUACGGACGCCCCCAUAUUGCCUGGUUCAUUUUGCACAGAAGAAAGGGAGGAUGUGAAAUACACCGAGAACGUGGUCGAGGAGCCUGGGGAACUCGACCAUCCUCAACCUUCGCUGAGCACAACGCCACCUCCAAGGAUCUUUGCUAGAAGUGCCACCAAUGAUUAUUUCCAUCAUGCGCCAGCGGCUCCAAAGUGGACGCUAGAAGAUGGUCAUGACAUAGAAGAGUGCCAAGAAUAGGAGUACAUAUUAGCUCUGCCAACCUGGUGGUCAUGACAGAUCACGAAGGGCUUGAAAGUUGAGGGCCGUCUACCGUUGUCCAAGGAGUGGAAAGUCAACGUACAUACUUAUAUUAUUAUACAUCCAGACUGCAUUAAACCUGUGUAAUCACACGCACAUAUUAAGGAAACUGGCACUGCCAGUACAUUUAUGAAGAGGC